AACUUCGGCUUCGUCCUCGAGUCCGUCGGCAACUGGACCCUCGUGAUCUUCGUGGGCUCGUUCUUGGGCAACGUCUGCGGGUUCCAGCUUGAGAAGAAGUUGUCGGCAUUACGAUUAAACGCGCUGAAAGCCGGGGUCCUGGUGACGCCGUGGAUAAUAUCCGUGAUUUCAGUUUUGCUGAUCAUCCGAGCUCACCUCAGCGACGAGGAGCUGAAGAAGAUGGGCUGUUUCAUCGAGUUCACAAAAUCUCCCAGAGUGAUGAAGUCGUUCAACACGAUCGUCCCGCUGAGCCUAGCGGUCAUCGUGUUGGUGGCCGGGGCUGCGGUGAGACGCUGGUUGGCCGACAGACAGCCGGCGACGAGCACGGAGAUAAGCGCACAACUUUUGGAGGGAGGCGCACCGGCGAACGAAUGCUUCAUCUACGUCACAGCUUUGUCGGUGACCGUCGUAUUCGAGAUUCCGGACGUUGUUGUGAUGUUCGUUGACUUAGACGACUGGGAGUUUGAAAUUGAAAGGUGAGACACGGUUUGAUUAGGAGACGUGCGCACGUUAAUUCAGCACCAAGAAAUAUUCACUACAUUUUUGCCUGUGUUAACUAAGAGAUGGGCCAAAUGCUUUAUAUUACGCCGAGUUAAGAAUAAAUUUACCCUUCAAUACUUGGGCGCACCAUCAAUUAGGGCAUAACAAGUUUAUCAGUCUUUAAACAGUCAUUAGAAUUAUAGUUAAAAGUAUAUCUCUCCACCCCCCCCCCCCCCCCCCCGCUUUGAUUUAUGUACAUUUCUCUCUGCUUAUUUUUAACAGGUCUUUGCAAUUCUUCCUCAUAUCUUCAUUCAUCACGGACCUGCAGACACUGGUGACGCCCAUGAUAUGGUUUUUGUUCCAGGACAUUAGAGGAGAAAUUAAGUCGUGGAGA